AGACCCACGGGGCUGCCCUCCCCUGCGCACUCCCCUCGCUGCCCGGGCCGGAGCGCAGCGCGGCCGCGCAGAUUCACAAUGUUGAAAGCCUUUUUUCUAACUAUGCUGACUCUGGCGCUGGUCAAGUCACAGGACACAGAAGAAACCAUCACUUACACGCAAUGCACUGACGGCUACGAGUGGGACCCUGUCAGACAGCAGUGCAAAGAUAUUGAUGAAUGUGACAUUGUUCCAGACGCUUGCAAAGGUGGAAUGAAAUGUGUCAACCACUAUGGAGGAUACCUUUGCCUUCCCAAAACAGCCCAGAUUAUUGUGAAUAAUGAACAACCUCAGGUAGAAUCACCACCAGCAGCCGAAGCAGCCUCGGGUGCCACUACCGGAAGUGUAGCUGCCAGCAGCAUGGCAGCCAGUGGAGUGGUGCCUGGGGGUGGAUUUGUGGCCAGUGCUGCUGCAGUUGCAGGUCCUGAAAUUCAAACUGGCCGCAACAACUUUGUCAUCCGGAGGAACCCAGCCGACCCUCAACGCAUUCCUGCCAACCCUUCCCACCGGAUCCAGUGUGCAGCAGGCUAUGAGCAGAGUGAGCAUAACGUGUGCCAAGACAUAGAUGAGUGCACUGCAGGUACACACAACUGUAGGGCAGACCAAGUGUGCAUCAAUCUACGAGGCUCCUUUACAUGCCAGUGCCCUCCUGGGUAUCAGAAACGAGGAGAGCAGUGUGUAGAUAUAGAUGAAUGCACUGUGCCUCCAUACUGCCACCAAAGAUGCGUGAACACACCAGGUUCAUUUUAUUGCCAAUGCAGUCCUGGAUUUCAGUUGGCUGCAAAUAACUAUACCUGUGUAGAUAUAAAUGAAUGUGAUGCCAGCAAUCAGUGUGCUCAGCAGUGCUACAACAUCCUUGGUUCAUUCAUCUGUCAGUGUAAUCAAGGAUAUGAAUUAAGCAGCGACAGGCUCAACUGUGAAGACAUUGAUGAAUGCCAAACCUCAAGCUACCUGUGUCAAUAUCAAUGCGUCAAUGAACCUGGGAAAUUCUCAUGCAUGUGUCCACAAGGAUACCAAGUGGUGAGAAGCAGAACAUGCCAGGAUAUAAAUGAGUGUGAGACCACACACGACUGUCGGGAGAAUGAAAUGUGUUGGAAUUAUCAUGGUGGCUUCCGUUGUUACCAAAGAAAUCCUUGUCAAGAUCCCUACAUCCUAACAUCAGAGAACCGAUGUGUUUGCCCUGUCUCAAAUGCCCUGUGUCGUGAUCUGCCCCAGUCAAUAGUCUACAAAUACAUGAGCAUCCGAUCUGACAGGUCGGUGCCAUCAGACAUCUUCCAGAUCCAGGCUACAACUAUUUAUGCCAACACCAUCAAUACUUUCCGGAUCAAAUCUGGAAAUGAAAAUGGAGAGUUCUACCUAAGGCAAACAAGUCCUGUCAGUGCAAUGCUUGUGCUCGUCAAGUCCCUAACAGGACCAAGAGAAUAUGUCGUGGACCUGGAGAUGCUGACAGUCAACAGUAUAGGAACCUUCCGCACAAGCUCGGUGUUACGAUUGACAAUAAUCGUGGGGCCAUUUGCAUUUUAGUCUCAUAUAAGAACCCAUCACAGGCAUUUUAAAUCAGCCAAAGAAUAUUGUUACCUUAAAGCACUAUUUUAUUUAUAGACAUAUCUAGUACAUCUACAGCUAUAUACUGUACACUCACCCAUAAUUCAAACAAUUACACCCUGGUAUAAAGUGGGCAUUUAAUCUGUAAAGAUUUUCAAAGUUUGUCUUCAUUAUUGAAUGUAAAUUAGACAUUAAUCCACUACACUGGUCUUCUUCAAGAGAGCUAAGCAUAAACUAUCCAAUGAGACUUGGAUUCUUUCCUGUAAAAGUAGACUGAAAAAUGAAGAUCUUUCAUGGUACUUAAGGAACCUUACAUAGCUGCACCGACAGUCUCCUAGGAGACAGCCACCAUACACUGAAGAGCAUGCAAGGGCAAGGAGAUUUUCAACUGCUUUGUAAGAAAAUGGGGAAAGUCAAUAAAGAUAUAUUUCUUUAGAAAA